CACGCGGUCUCAUGUCUUAACCCUGCUUCUUUUUUCCUAUAAGACGGAAAUAUUCAUACAAUUUCAAUAUGAAUAUAUUCAAAAAGAUCAAAAUCUUUCGAAAGAUCAAAGGGAUAUCCUUUAUAUCAGUCCGUAUACUUAUAUGUUCAGCCACACAAGAGGUAAUUCAGUCUGUUUGCCUUAUGAUACAUAUGAUGAAUUUCAAAGAUCAGUCCCUCAUCACGUACCAAAUAUCAUAAAAAAAAUAUAUAACAUUGCUCCCGACGACUCAUAAUCAAGUAAUCACAAUGACCGAAUCUUUCUCAAUCACUGGCCUCUUUACUCCAAGUCUUAAUCCAACGAAGCCGGCACCCUCAAUCUUGCUUCUCACCAUCCUCUCUCUCGCAUAUGAAAAAAUUUAGAAAUUUGUCAUUUCUUUGGAGCCAUCGAACCCAAACUCGCACUCAAGCUUCUUCCAAUCUUUUAAAUCUCGGUCUAAGCUUAACCAGAUCGACGCUCAUGGUGUAAUGAUCCCAUCGUCGCUAUGGAUCAAACACCUCCCCAAGGACUGGCUGGCGAAGCACUGCACUUCCAUCCCCAAAUGCAAGCAAGCCCACGCCGUCCUCCUCCGCGCCGCCAUCUUCCACGACAACCACUUCGCCAGCAAGCUCAUCUCUUUCCUCUCUGUCUCCCCCUCUGGCGACCUCAACUACGCCCGGAAAAUCUUCUCCCAGUUAGACAGCCCGGAUGUCUUCAUCUGGAACACCAUGAUCCGGGGGCACGCGAAAGGCCUCAACCCUUCCGAUGCCCUGUCCUUCUUCCACCUCAUGGUCCAUUCCGGCGUCGCGGCCGAACACCACACAUACCCCUUUGUGCUCACAGCCUGCGCUCGCUUGCAAGCACCCGAACUCGGCAUGCGCUUUCAUGGCGAGACGGUUAAAGCUGGGCUGGAGUCUGAUGUGUUCGUGCUCAAUUCUUUGAUUCAGAUGUACGCAAACUGUCGGUUUUUUGAGGCUGCCCACAAGUUGUUCGACGGAAACCCCUCUCGGGAUGUCGUGUCGUGGAACGUCAUGAUAAGAGGUUAUGUUCACGGGGGCCUUUGCCAGCAGGCAUUUGAUUGGUUCGAGGAGAUGAAAGCAAAGAACGUCGGGCCGGAUGCUGUGACUGUGAUAAGUUUGGUCUCUGCUUGCUCUCGACUGGGUGAUUUGGAGAGAGGACGGUCGCUCCAUUUGUACUCGAGUGAACUUGGUUUCUUGACAAACAACCUUAAGUUGAGCAAUGCAAUCCUUGAUAUGUAUUGUAAGUGUGGAGAUUUGGUAUCGGCAUGGAAGUUUUUCGAUGAGAUGGAUGAGAGGGACUCAGUGACAUGGACUACCAUGAUCUCAGGUUUGGCUAACUCUGGGAGUUUUCAAGAGGCUUUGGAGUUGUUUGGACUUAUGCAGCGUGAGAAGGUCCGGCCGGAUGAGGUGGUCCUCGUGGUAGUUUUAUUGGUUUGUGCUCAGAUGGGGGCUCUGGACCAAGGCAAAUAUAUUCAUCUUCUCAUAGACCGAUACAAGGUGAAGCGAGACAUUGUGCUCGAGACUGCUCUUGUGGACAUGUAUGCAAAGUGUGGGGCCCUGGAUUUUGCUCUGCAGAUCUUUGGCAAGAUGAAGGAAAGGAAUGUUUUCACAUGGAAUGCGAUGAUUGGUGGACUAGCAAUGCAUGGGCAUGGGGAACAUGCAUUGGAGCUUUUUGAAAGGAUGUUGAAUGAGAGACCCAUGCCAGAUGAUGUGACUUUUAUAGGGCUCUUAUCUGCAUGUAGCCAUGCAGGUUUGGUCGAUGAAGGUCUCAGACUUUUCAGGAUGAUGCAAGAUGUGUACCAAAUUCAGCCAAGGAUGGAGCAUUACGGAUGCAUGGUUGACUUGCUUUGUAGAGCGAGGCUGGUGCGAGAUGCUGUGGCUUUUAUAGAGAGCAUGCCCAUCAGGCCAAAUGCGGUAUUGUGGGCUAGUCUUAUUGGAGCAUGUAGGGCUCUUGGAGAGAUGCAGCUUGCAGAGAAGGCCAGUAAACAUGUCAUUGAACUGGAACCUGACUCCUGUGGUCGAUACGUGAUGCUUUCAAAUUUGUAUGCUGGCAUUAGAAGGUGGGAUGAUGCCUCGGAGGUCAGAAACGUGAUGAGAGCCAAAGGAAUUGAGAAAACUCCAGGAGCAAGUUGGAUUGAGUUGAAUGGAACAGUUCACCAGUUUGUUGCAGGUGAUAGAUCACAUCUUCUAACGAACAAGAUCUAUAUGAUGGUGGAAGAAAUGUGCCAACGAGUAAGGUCUGCUGGUCAUGUUUCAGGUACUAUGGAAGUCUUAUUUGACAUAGAGGAGGAAGAGAAAGAGCAUUCUCUGUUCCUACACAGUGAGAAGCUGGCUGUUGCCUUUGGCUUGAUAAGCACCGCUCAAGGCUCACCAAUUCGAAUCACAAAGAACCUUCGUGUCUGCAUGGAUUGUCAUUCUUUCCUAAAGGCUGUUUCUAAAGUUUUUGGUAGAGAGAUAGUUGCAAGGGAUCGAAACCGAUUUCACCACUUCAGAGAAGGCAUUUGUUCGUGCAAGGACUUCUGGUAGUUCUCACGCCAUCAUGCAAAUAUGAAACUGCUUUAGGUUCCAAGUCAUACAGGUAAAAUAUCACUAUCUUUUUAUUUGUUUAUAUCUCUCAGUUUAUCCACAGUUGUUAAAGAAUGUGCUGGUGAUUCAAUUUUGUAGAAUGAAAUGAAUUUUAAAUGAAUAAAUCAGUACCAAAUGCAA